CGGGGUACGGGGACCAGUAGGGGCCAAUCCUGGGCGAGCGGGGGCGGCGUACGGGGGCCAGUAGGAACCAAUCCCAGCGCCCGGCGUUUCCCAGCACCCCCCGCGGGCGGAUUGUACACAAUCAUCAUGGCCGCCGCCUCUGCCUCCCCUGAUGAAGUUGAUGAACCUGGUAUGGAAACAGAAGCUCAGAAACUGCAGCUUAGCUGUGGAGAUACUGGGGAAAGCAAUUCCGCCGCUGCUGGAAAAGCCUUGGAAAUGGACCAGCUGCAAGAGGAUUCAGCCAUUUCACAGGCUUCAGUCAGCAACGGUGGCGAUUCCGAGACUGAGAAGGAUCUAGUAGAAUUAAAAAUCAUUUGGAACAAAAAUAAAUAUGAUGUGAAGUUCCCGCUUGACAGCACAGGGGCUGAUCUGAAAGAGAAAAUCCACUCACUCACAGGCCUUCCACCCACUAUGCAGAAAGUCAUGUUUAAGGGACUUCUACCAGAGGAGAAAACAUUACGGGAAAUCAAAGUAACAAAUGGUGCAAAAAUAAUGGUUGUUGGUUCAACUAUCAAUGAUGUGCUAGCAGUAAAUACUCCCAAAGAAGCUGCUCAACAAGAGGUGAAAUCUGAAGAAAAUAAAAAAGAGCCACUUUGUAGACAAAAGCAACACAGAAAAGUAUUGGAUAAAGGAAAACCUGAAGACGUGAUGCCUUCUGUUAAGGGUGUUCAGGAGCGCCUGCCAACAGUGCCCUUGUCCGGCAUGUACAACAAAACAGGGGGGAAAGUGAGGCUGACCUUUAAACUAGAACAAGAUCAGCUGUGGAUAGGCACUAAAGAGAGAACAGAAAAAAUACCCAUGGGGUCCAUUAAAAAUGUGGUGAGUGAACCUAUUGAAGGACAUGAGGAUUAUCACAUGAUGGCAUUUCAACUGGGCCCUACAGAAGCAUCUUACUACUGGGUCUAUUGGGUACCUACUCAGUAUGUUGAUGCAAUCAAAGACACAGUACUGGGCAAAUGGCAGUAUUUUUGAAAGCACGCUCACCUCUGGCACAGGAGACUGGCACAAAACAAAGGACACUGCUGGGAGAGGCCUCCGACAUCCCUGGAUGUGACAGUCCUGGAACUUUAUUAAUAAAAUACGAUAUAACGAGGCAUUGACGGAAGCCAGAGGUGAUGUUCUUUCACCAUUAGUUUACUUUUAACUUAAAAAUUUCAGCAUCCCUUUUCUGCAGUCAGCUUCAAUCAUAUUUAAAGUAAAUACAAUGGAAAUCAAUAAAUCUUAAUUAAUAAAA